AUUAUUUCUAUUUUUUUUACUCUGAUUUUUCCUUCAUUGGAUCAGAAGUGGUGCAAUUUCUGUUUAUCCAAUGUCAACUUGGAGUUGCACAAAGCGGCCAUCUAUAAGAAGUCAAACAAGAGCAAAAAUUUGGAUGAAAGUGAUGAACAUGAAGACAAAAUGAUGGUAGCCUUUCAGAUUGAUUUGAUUCCUGAGAAGCGGCCUUUCCUUUUAUCUAGAGACUUUGUCUUUGUACGGCCUUCAGGCAAGAAUGUUGAGCCAUUCCAGGGGAUUCUUUACCGAGUGGUGAAGAGCACACUUGUUUUGGCUGAGUUCGGAUACGAUUUUUAUGCUCAACAUGCAGAAAAUUGCAAAUAUGACAUUAGCUUCUCAUUCAAUAGAGUCUGUUUAAAGCGGAGCCAUCAAGCAGUUACGGCUGCAAUGGGCUCUUUGUUCCAGAGCUUCCUAUUUCCUGAUCAGAUAGAAAGAAUCAACAACACUGCAUUGUCUUCGUCUUUCUCUUCUCAUCUAAAUCUUGGUCGGGACCAGACCAUGGCUACCACACUGAUAACAAGGCUCACAGGUCCACCACCUUUUCUCAUUGAAGGGCCAGUCUGUGUUUCUGCAGGACGAUUAUCAAAAACUGGGUUGGUCAUUCGAGAUGCAGUCCUUAAGAUAUACAGAACCUCUCCACGCUGUCGAAUACUGAUAAAUGCACCAACAAACAGCACAUGUGACCUGUUUCUAAGAAGCUUGACGGAUGUAAUUCCAGAGUCAGAAAUGUUUAGAGCAAAUGCUGCCUUCCGAGAGCUUGAUGGUGUACCCUAUGACAUCCUUCCUUCAUGUGAAUACAAAGGUGAAUGCUUCACUUGUCCUUCACUUACGGAGCUUUCAAACUUUAAGGUGAUCCUGUCAACUUUUGUAAGUAGCUUUCGGAUCCACAGUGAAGGCAUACAACCUGGCCAUUUCAGUCAUAUUUUUCUGUUAGAUGCUUCUUCAGCUACUGAACCAGAGACUAUGGUGACUCUUGCUUUUCUUGCUGAUGAGAAGACAUCAGUUGUGGUCACUGGUGCUCUUGGGAACUCCUCGGGUUGGGUGCGCUCUGAUAUUGCUCGUAGGUAUGGAUUGAAGAAAUCAUAUUUUCAGAGACUUUUGGAGAGCAAGCCAUACAAUAACCUUGAUGGUAUGUUUGUUAUGCAUCUUGCGGACAACUAUCCAUAAGAUUCUGUUUAAUGUCAGCUUGUUAUAUUUUGGAUGUCACUCAUUUGAAAUGUUUAUAUGAGCCUUGAGUUUAACAUGGAUGACUCUCAACAAGGACCAAUCAGGAUAUCUUGAAGAUGUGGUUUUACUUGGGGUAGUCCUGGUGUUUUGCAUGGUUUGGUCUAGUAUUUAAAAGGGACAUGUUUCUCCUACAGUUACUUCAGUGUGGAUAUCUUUCUUUUCUGUUCAUAAUGAAUACUGAAAUGGAACUUAUGGAUAUUUGGCCUUUUCUAAUUAUUACCUUAUGUGACAUGUUUGUUAAUAACUAUCUAUAGUCGUGCCUCGUAUACUACUGCAAAGCAAAAUAUUUCCUAUCAAAAUGUAAUUUCUCAUCCUGUAUGGUACUCAAAUACAUAUUGUUCAUUUUCUUAUAAAUGCUUGUGUGGAUUAUUAUUGUUAGUUGAA